CCCCAACCAACACACAUGCAGACAUAAAAAUAUAUAGAUAUAUAGUGGUAGCUCAAAUCUUGAAUUGCUCAUCACACAUUACUAUUUUUGAAAUCAAACCUAAUGGAUAGAUCUUCCCACUUCUACCUCCUUAUAACAUCACUCUUACUACUUCAUUGUUUUAUAGAUUAUAGCUCAGCCAUCUCAGAUAUCAACACCGAUCGUUCUUCACUUCUCGCCUUAAAAUCCCAAAUCACUUUAGAUCCUCAAAAUGUAUUGACCCAAAAUUGGAGCACUGAAGCCAGUGUUUGCAGUUGGAUCGGAGUUACUUGUGAUUCACGUUACAAUAGGGUUACACAGUUGAACAUAUCGUACAUGGGUCUUGUCGGAACCCUCCCGCCAGAAAUCGGGAAUCUUUCUUCUCUGGUUUCUUUAGAUGUGAACUACAACUCUUUUCAUGGCCCAAUUCCCCCAUCUCUCUUCAACUUGUCAUCUAUAGAAAUCUUGAAUUUGAGGAACAAUAGCUUGUCUGGUAGGCUGCCUGAUCUUGAUAUGUGCAAACACAAUAAUCUUGAUAGACUCAAGAUUCUUCGAUUCUCUUACAACGAGUUGUAUGGGGAAAUACCAUCGAGUUUGGGGCAGUGUUCACAGCUUGAGUUUCUGUCUUUGUACAACAACAAUUUCAGUGGAUUUGUGCCGAGAGAGAUUGGGAACUUGAUGAAGCUUCAAGUGUUGAACCUUGGUGCCAACAAUUUAAGUGGUAAUAUUCCAAAAGAGAUCGGCGGCCUUACUAAUUUACAAGUUUUGGACAUGAGUUCCAACAGCUUCAAUGGACACCUGCCGAGAGAAAUUGGAAACUUGACAAUGCUUCAAUUGUUGGACCUUGGUACCAACAAGUUAAGUGGUAAUAUUCCCAAAGAGAUCGCUGCUCUUAAUAAUUUACAAGCUUUGGGCAUGAGCUCCAACAACUUCAUUGGACCCGUGCCAAGAGAAAUUGGAAACUUGACAAUGCUUCAAUUGUUGGAUCUUAGUACCAACAAGUUUAGUGGCGAAAUUCCAGAAGAGAUUGGUGGUCUGACUAAUUUAGAAGGCUUGAGCAUGAGUUAUAACAAGUUAAAAGGCCCUCUACCAUCAACUAUUUUCACCAUGACAUCCUUGCAAUAUAUGGACUUUGCCUUCAAUGAACUGAGUGGACCAUUAUCAAGACAUAUUGGAAACAUGACAUCCCUUCUCAGACUAGGCCUUGAAUUUAACAAUUUCAGUGGUAAUAUUCCGAAGGAGAUUGGUCGUCUCAGUAAUUUCGAGCGAUUGAGCAUGUCUGUCAAUAAGUUUAGUGGAUCAUUGCCAAGAGAAAUUGGGAACCUAACAACCAUGUUUGGGUUGUUCCUUCACACCAAUGUUUUAACCGGUCAUAUUCCGAAAGAGAUUGGUCGUCUUAUUAACUUAGAGGAGUUGCAAUUGGAAGGAAACAAUUUCAUUGGAUCAUUACCAGAAGAAAUUGGAAACAUGACACUCCUUCGCUACUUGUGGCUCAACAAUGGUACUUUAAGUGGUAAUAUUCCAGAAGAAAUUUGUCUUCUUAAAAAUUUGGAGACACUUAAUAUGGCAUCUAACAAAAUUAGUGGACCAUUGCCAAGAGAAAUUGGAAACAUGACAGCCCUUCGUCAGUUAUGGCUUUUUGGCAAUAGUUUAAAUGGUAAUAUUCCAAAAGAAAUUGGUCUUCUCAAUAAGCUGAAUGAAUUGAAUAUCGCUGACAAUGCGAUCAGUGGACCAUUGCCACCAGAAAUUGGGAACAUGACAGCCAUCCGUAUGUUGUGGAUUUUCAACAAUAAUAAUUUAAGUGGUCCAAUACCUUCCACCAUCGGUAAUCUAUCAGAGCUGGUUUUUAUGAUAUUCCCCAACAACAAAUUAAAUGGAGAAAUUCCAUCAUCUAUUUGCAAGUUGAGAUCCCUUCAAUUUCUGCAUUUAUCAAACAACAAUUUGGAAGGAGCAAUUCCCGAGUGUUUGGGGAACUUCAGCAAAUCAUUGGCGGUUCUUCAUUUGAGUGACAAUUUUAUCACAGGCCUCAUUCCAUCAACAUUUACAAAGGGAUGUAAUCUUCAGUCACUUAAUCUGAAUGGCAAUAAAUUGGAAGGUGCACUGCCUCACUCCCUAAUCAACUGCCAAGGUAUUCGAAGCAUCGACAUUAGUGACAAUGAAAUACGAGACUCGUUUCCCUUCUGGAUGGAAACACUCCCUACACUCCGUGUCCUCGUCUUGAGGUCUAACAAGUUUGAUGGUAAGAUGUCGGUGGCUUCAAAGGCCGAGCAUCCGUUUCCCAAGUUGCAAGUCUUGGAUAUAUCGGGAAAUGCAUUUUCUGGCUCGUUACCUGAUAGAUAUUUCAAGAAUUUCCAGGGCAUGAUAAAUGCCAAGGAAAACACGACAAAUGAUCAGGACGCGUUUCUAAGAUUUCUAACGUUGCAGUUCACUUUGAAAGGCUUGGAUCAGACAUUGCUGAGAUUGUUGGAUACCUUUACAACGAUUGACUUAUCCUCCAAUAGAUUCUCUGGGAGUAUUCCAGAUUCCAUAGGAAAUCUUAAUUCUCUGAGAUACUUGAAUUUGUCUCACAAUAAUCUCAUGGGAAAGAUACCUGCAUCUCUUGGAGAUAUAAGUGUGCUUGAAUCGUUGGACUUGUCAUCAAAUAGAUUGGGUGGAGAAAUCCCGAGUGAGCUGGCCACAUUGACAUUUCUUUCGAAAUUUAACGUUUCAAUGAAUAAUCUCGUGGGGCGAAUACCGCAGUCUACUCAACUUUCCACGUUUCAGAAUGAUUCGUAUAUGGGGAACUCGGGAUUGUGUGGAGCUCCGUUGACGAAACAGUGUGAAAGAAUUGAUGGGAAUUACACAACGGUACCGAAUGAUGAUGAUGAUGAAGAUGAUGAAGAGUCGAGUUUUGUUAAUGGAUUUAGGUGGGAAGCAGUUGUGUUGGGGUAUGGAUGUGGAUUCUUGAUUGGAAUUGGUAUUGGUUGUUUGAUUAUUCGAUAUGAAAGGCCAAAAUGGUUUGUGAAAUUCUUUUUUUGAGCUUGAUUUGGAACUGUCGUGUGUUGAGGAACACUUAAUGUAUGAUGUUUAAUUUGCAAGCGGUGCGAACUCAUGUAUGUAAAUAGUGAGGUCUAGGUUCAAACCCCAUUGCUCUCCUUUCCCAAGUAAAAAAAAAUAAUUUGUAAUGUAAUAUAUUUGUAUGUUGGGGCUCAUUGCACAUGCUAGUUUUAUUUGUUACUAUUGGGUGAGUAAGAAAUAUGUAAUGAAAUUUCAAAUACUACAAGAAUUUCGCUUAUAGACAA